AUGGCCAAGCUGAUAGGGCUCACCUUUGUGGGGUUGCUGCUGGCACUCUACAAGAAUCACCAGUCUUCCUAUCAAAGAAGAUUAAAUGCUCUCCGCGAAGUAACUCCUGUAGACCUUCCUAACUGCAAUUUAGUUAAAGGAGUCGAAACAGGUGCUGAAGACUUAGAGAUCCUCCCUAAUGGACUGGCUUUCCUAAGUACUGGACUAAAAUAUCCUGGAAUAAAAAGUUUUGAUCCCGAUAAGCCUGGAAAAAUACUUCUGAUGGACUUGAAUGAGAAGGACCCAGCAGUGUUGGAAUUAGAAAUUACAGGAAAUAAGUUGGAUAAAUCGUCAUUCAACCCUCAUGGAGUUAGUACAUUCACAGAUGAAGAUAAUGCCGUGUACCUACUGGUGGUAAACCAUCCAGACUCCAAGUCCACUGUGGAGGUGUUUAAAUUUCAAGAAGAGGAAAGAUCGCUUUUCCAUCUGAAAACCAUCACACAUGAACUUCUGCCUAGCAUCAAUGAUAUUGCCGCGGUUGGACCUGACAGCUUUUAUGCCACAAAUGAUCACUAUUUUGCUGACCCAUACUUAAAGUCCUGGGAGAUGUACUUGGGUCUGUCAUGGUCCAAUGUUGUUUACUACAGUCCUGAUAAAGUCCAAAUAGUAGCAGAAGGAUUUGAUUUCGCUAAUGGCAUUGGCGUUUCCCCUGAUGGCAAGCAUGUCUAUAUAGCUGAAUUAUUGGCUCACAAGAUUCACGUGUAUGAAAAGCAUGCUAAUUGGACUUUAACUCCAUUGAAGGUCCUCGACUUUGACACCCUUGUGGACAACAUCUCUGUGGAUCCUGUGACAGGGGACCUCUGGGUUGGUUGCCAUCCCAACGGGAUAAGGAUCUUCUUCUACGAUUCUGAGAACCCUCCAGGCUCAGAGGUGAUUCGAAUCCAGAACAUUCUAUCAGAAGAACCUAAAGUAACUGUAGUUUAUGCAGAAAAUGGCACAGUGUUGCAAGGUACUACAGUUGCCUCUGUGUACAAAGGAAAACUGCUUAUUGGCACUGUGUUCCACAGAGCUCUUUACUGUGAUCUGUGA